AUGUAUUCAUUAAAUUUAGUCAAGGAAAAAGAAAAGAUUAAAAUAAUUGCUAGAACAACGAUUGGAGCUAAUACAGCAAAUGUUUCAUCAUCGGGAUUUGUUUCUAUUCAUACACUUCCUGUUGCUUUUGGUUAUUUAAAAAUAAUUGAAAAACAGCAACCAAAAUAUGUUGAUAAAUUAACACCACAUAUUACAAAAUUAUUACAAAAAUUAAUUAAAGAUCAUACAAGUGCUGGCGUUGAUUAUAAUCCUGCAUUCACAGAAUAUAUCAUUGAAUGUUUAACAUUACUCAAAUAUCGUAUUGGUCAGUUAACAAGUGAUCUUCGUAAACAGUUUAUGAAUAACUUUUUACCAUGUCUAAUUGAAAAAUCUCAUGAUAUAACUCUUGUUCGAGCUAUAAUUCGUCUUGUAUAUGAUUGGCUUAAAUGGCGUGGUGAUGUACAAUUAGUUCCAUCAUUAAAAGAAAAAUCUCAAUUACUUCUUAAACUUUUACAAUGUAUUGAUAAAAGUGGUCGUUUUCAUCAACAACAAACCAAUGAUAAUGAUUUAACAAAUAGUUUUCUUGAACUUAUUUUACAUGUUUAUCAAGAAUCAAAUUAUCGUGAACUAUGUAUCAAAUUAGAAGCAGCAUUUAUUCUUGGUUUAAAAUCAACAAAUCAACAAUUACGAAAACAAUUUUUUCUUAUCUUAGAUAAAAAUCUACGAAAAACAUUACAUGAUAGAUUAUUAUUUAUAUUUUUAUCACAAAAUUGGGAAUAUCUUGGACAACACUAUUGGAUAAAACAAUGUCUUGAAUUAUUUUAUACAUGUGUUUCAUCAACAAUUCCAUUAUCAAUUAUUGAUAAUCGUACAUCAGUGUUACCAGCCUUAACAUCUGUUAUAAAAUCUGGUGAAUUUUAUGAUCGAUAUGAUUUUAUGAUUGAUUAUGUUAAAACAAAAAAUCCAUCAGCUAUAGAAAAUAUUGGAAUUAAAACGGAACCAAAUUCAGAUGUGACAAUUAAAAUGGAAGUCAAUGAUGAAACAUCAACACAAAAUCCAGCUUAUUCUAUUAUAUCAAAUGCUCUUGGUGUUACUGCAAUGAGUACAAUUGUAACAAAAAAACAACGUUCGACAUCAAUAUCUUUGAAUGAAUCAAAAGCCAAACAUUUUAAACGAACAAUAUCAUUUGAAAAUAUACGUCGUUUAUCAGUUGAUAAACUUCCAGAAAAACUUCAACGUGAAUCAAGCAAUCAAAUAAAAUUAACUGAAUUAAUUAAUGAUGAAAUAAAUUUUCUAAAAAUUCUUUCAUCAAUACAAUUAAAACCAAAUGAUUUAUUUGAUUCUAUAAUACAAUUUUUACAUACAAAUAAUUCAAUUGUUAUUGAUAAAUUAGCACAUUAUUUAUUUAUUGAUCUUUUACCUAGAAUUCUUCGUGUUAUAUUAGAAAAAUAUCGUAUUAUUUUAUUUCAACAAAUAAUUCAACCAUUUUUUGUUAGUGGAACACAUUUACAACAACGUGAUCUAUAUCCAUAUAGUUCAUUAAAUACUUUACUUGAAGCUUUUUAUGUUAUGUUUAAAACUAAUAAUAAUCUAUCUGAAUUUGUACCUAUUAUACGACCAAUUAUACUUAAAUACAUUGCUAAAACACAUAAUACAUGGCAUAGAAGUAUUCUAUUGCUUGAACAAUAUAUAUUAGAUCAACAACCAAAUAAUGAAUUUUUAACAAAUGAUGAAACCUAUAUUGAAUCAUUAAAUUCUCUCAGUGAAUUAUAUGAACAUUUAAAUGAAGAUGAUUAUAAUAUAAGUCUUUGGUUACAUCGUCAAUAUUCACCAAAUAUUAAACAGUUAGUUUCAAAUGCAUUACAAUAUGAACAACUUGGUUUAUUUCAACAAGCACUUGAACAUUAUACACAAUCAAUAAAACUUCUUGAUACAAAUCAAAAAUCAUCAUCGUCAUCAUCAACAUCAACAUUAAAUAGAUUUUCUCAAGUAGAUGAAUAUUCAUUUCUUGAACAACAUUGGAUCAAAUGUACAAAAGAAUUAAAUCAAUGGGAAACAUUAAUGUCAUAUUGUAAACAACAAAGUAAUCGUGAUCAUUUACUUUAUCUUGAUUGUAUAUGGAGAUCAUCUAAUUGGCCAUUAAUGAAAGAAACUCUUGGACAAUUAGAUGCUAUGUGUAAUGGUACAAAUAUAAAUUUAACAAAUUCAUCUAUUCAAACAUUUCAAUUUUUAAAUCCAAAUCCAACAUUAACACAAUCAACAAUUAUAUCAAAUAUAUUAACAAUAAAAGAUUUUCAAUGGAAAUUUGCAUUAUAUCGUUGUUAUUUAACAUUAUGUUCAACAAUAACAAAUACAGAUGAUCCAACAAUAUAUCAAACAACAAUGAAUAUAACUGAACGUUUAAUUGAUUAUUGUUCAUUAAAUGCAUUAAAAGAAUGGAAACAUUUACCAAAUUAUAUAUCAAAUUCACAUUUAAAUUUAUUACAAGCAUCACAACGUAUUAUUGAAUUACAAGAAUCAGCACAAAUUUUAUUAAAUAUUCAAACAAAUACAAAUAAUAAUAAUACAUCAACAUCAAUUAUAUCAACAACAACAAAUGGUAAUACAUCAACAACAACAACAAAUAUUCGACAAACAACAAAUAUUCAUGAAUUUAAAACUAUUGUUAAAACAUGGAAAAGUCGUUUACCAUUAAUUAAUGAUCCAUUAAGUUAUUGGAAUGAUAUAUUUACAUGGCGUGAAAUACAAUAUAGUACAAUUAGUUCACAAUUUGAUAAAGAUGCUAAUGGAACAAAUCUAUCAAGUGGAAAUAAUCUUAAUAAUUCAAGUACAAAUACAGGACAAGUUUUACUUGGUAUUCAUGCUGUUGCUCAAUCCAUUACACAAUUAGCAAAAAUUGCAAGAAAACAUCAUAUACCAAAUAUUUGUAUGGAAAUUUUAUCAAGAAUUGGCACUGUCAUACCAAGUGUACCAGUCGUUGAUAGUUAUCAAAAAAUCAAACAAAUAAUUAAAUGUUAUUUAGUUUUAUUUCCAACAUUAUCUUCUAAUGAUAUUCAAGAUAUAUUUGAUAUAAUUGAACAAGCGAAUACAAAAUAUUUUAAUAAAGAUAUGAUGAGUGAAUUUUAUUCGUUAAAAGCUGUUGCUUAUUCAAAAUUAAAUCGUAAUGAUGAAGCUCAAAAACUUUUUAGUUGUGCAACACAAUUAUCAGAUACAAAUUUAACUCGAAUAUGGAUUAAUUGGGGUGAUUUUCUUCUUAAACAAUCAUCUAUUAUCAAUGAUGAUGAAUCAAUUAUAAUUUGUUAUUUAAAUGCAUGUAAAGAUUUAACAGAAAUCAAAGCACGUUCAAUAUUAUCAAAAAUAUUUUAUUUACUUUCACAUGAUAAUGAAAAUAAUAAUAAUAAUAAAUUAUCUAUAUGUAUUGAACGUUAUUUAUCAUUAAUACCUGUUCAACAUUGGCUUUUUUGGUUACCACAAAUAAUGAAUAAAUUAAUACGUAAUGAAUCAAGUCAAUGUAUGUUAGCUAUAUUAAAUGAAUUAAUACGUUUAUAUCCACAAGCUGUUUAUGUACAAAUUAAAAAAUUUUUAAGAAAAUUAAUUGAAAAUAAACAUGAUGAAAAAUUAAUACCAUCAACACCAAUAACACCAACAAUUGAUAUUAAUUUAAAUUUACCAACAAUAUCAUAUCGACAACAAGCAAUUAAUAAUUUAAAUCGUUUAGAACAAAUUUUACUUGGACAACAUCCAACAAUUGUACGAAUAUUAGAUAUUAUUAUUGAACAAUUAAAUACAAUAAAUGAAACUUUAUUUGAAUAUAUAAUUAAACGUUUAUAUCAAUGUCAAAGAAAAAUUUAUGAAGAUUUAUUUGAAAAUAAAAAAGAUUUGUCUGAAGAUGUUAAACAAAUUAUUCAACAUUUAAAAGAUAUUUUAAAUAAUGAUAAUAAUGAAUAUAAAAAUAUACAGCCAAUUAAAAUACAAUUUUCAAAUGAUUUCAAUGAAAGUGUACUUAAUACUACUCAAAUAUCUCGAUCAUUCAUUCUUUUAAUCAAUAAAUGGAUAACUCUAAUUGAACGUCGUAUUGAACAAACUGAACCACGUAUAAAAUAUUUAAAUCAAAUAAAAUAUUUACAAUUAUUAUCAUUUAAUUCUCAAAUAACAAAUGAUAUAAAUAUGCCUGGUGAAUUAUGGCAUGCUCCUGAAGCAAAUUUUUAUUUUCGUAUAAAUAAAUUUUUUCCAACUAUUGAACGUAUAUUUAAACAUGAACGUUAUUUUAAUCGUUUAACAAUACGUGCACAUAAUGGUAAAAUAAUGUAUUAUCUUUUAUCAAAUAAUUAUCAAACAAUAUCAUAUGAUAAAAUAAAUUCUCAAUGGGAAUUAGAAGAAAAUACAUUACAAUUUCUUAAAAUGAUUAAUAAUAUAUGUAUACGUAAAGAAAAAGAAUUAUUAAAAAGACAUAUGCAAAUAUUUUUACCACAUUUAUGUACAUAUUUACCAUCAUUACGUUUAAUUGAAGAUAAUCGUUUAACAAUAAAUUUAAUUGAAAUAUAUAAUAAUCGUUUAAUGUUACCAAUAAGAAAAUAUUAUGAAUUAAUUGAUGAUAAUAAUGAUAAUUUAUUAAAUAUAUAUCAAUUAAUACAAAAUGAAUUUUUUUCAAAUAAAUAUUUAUUACAUCGAUGGACAUUAAAUGAAUAUACAAAUGCAACUGGAUAUUUUUCAUUUCGAAAAAUUUUUACAAUAUCAAUGAGUUUUUAUUCAACAUUAAAUUAUUUAUUUGGUUUUUAUAUGUAUACAAAUAAUCAAUUAAGUAUACAACGUUCAAUAGGAAAUAUAAAUCCAUUAUAUCUUAGAUUACAAUAUAAUUUAAAUAAACAAGAUGAAAAUAUAUUUUUAACACCUAAUAUUGAUACAUUUAUUAAUCGUUUUGGAAAAAUGGGACCAUUUAUAGCAACUAUUUUAGCAACAUUAACAUCAUUAGCACAACCUAAAUUUCAAAUUAUUGAAUAUUUAAAAAUAUUUUAUAAAGAAGAUAUACAUAUAAAACAUCCAGAAUUAACACAGAAAGAAUGUGUUGAACUAGUCGAAAAUAUUGCACGUCAAUUAGAAACAAAGCUAAACCAAUUUACUGAUAUUGAUAUAUCAAAAAGAAUAGUUUCUGAACUUGUAGAAAACUCGACAGAUAUAAAUCAACUUUCACGUCUCAAUCCACUCUAUUAUCCUUGGUUAUAA